GAAUAGGUUGAGAAUGCCGUUACUCUGAUGGAGUGAUGGUUCCAUGAUUCUUAAGCACCGUGCCGGUGGACUAAUCGUUGGGGAUGCCGGGUUGAAUCAAUCAGCAGAGGGACAUUAAGGUAUGGUAAGGCACGGAAAUAUUAUUUAUACCCGGACGAACUCCUUACUAGGAGAGAAUACAAAGUUCCUCAGGCUUGACAUAAAUAGAAGACUGGAGUGCUCGGUGCUACCUAUUUACAAAUAUACCGAACCUAGCAGAUACAGUAGCAAUGGGCAGAGCCGCAUAGCCCAUACCCCUACACGGCGUUCCGUCAGGGUGGGGUUUCCCCAACUUCUGCUCCAUGUCAGCGGGCGAGGAACGAUAGUUGUGGAGAGUGUCUGGUUGUCAGCUUUACGCAACGUUGAUAUACAAUUACGCAUCCGCCAAUCUCACCGGACAAACUCCGGAAAUCCUAUCGUGGUGUCGAUAGUCAUACGAUCAAUCCCGGUCCAAAGGGCGAUCGCCAGCUGCGGAAGAACAGUUCCACGAUGGCCGGCCUGCAAAUGUGGCUCGGGAGGGGUAUCCUCUCCGCAUUUGGUGCCCGAGGUCUUUACGAUCGACACGCUCUGGAUCCGAAGCGUAGUGAGCGGUAAUGAUGGUCUAGGAAUUGCCGCGCAAAUGGUCGAAUCGACUAUGCUGCGUCAUGAUAUACUAUGGAUAAGGGUAGCCAAUGCUCUCUAGGAAUAAUAUUUAUUCUUCUUCCGUGGUUUGAGUCUUUCCCUUUCCCCUAAGUGUCGUCCUUCGUGUUAUACAGUACCACUCGUCUUCCUAUAUAUCCCCUUUCUGCCAUUGUUUAAGCUGCUUGUUACUGCAUUGUUCUCCAGUGCCCUUGUAUCAAUACUUCCUUCUCACCCAGCGUCGCAAUGUCACAUCACGACAAGCCGUGGCCGCAGGUGCCUGUCACCAACAAGGACUACACCCAAGCAGCGGUGGUCAUUGUUGGCGCCGGCAUCUCUGGCAUGUGCACAGCCAUUGAUCUUAUCAAACAACACAACUGUCGGAACUUCAUCAUUGUGGAGAAAAGCUCGGGGGUUGGUGGGACCUGGCACGAUAACAAGUAUCCAGGUUGCUGCUGCGACGGUAAGAAUGUU